GUUCUUGCAUAGGCCAUCUACUAGUUCAUCGUGCAUGGAUGGGUCGAUGAACAUGCCUAUUCUCUUCCCGUCCAGUAUCGGUAGGUAUGCGACUCUGCACGUGCAAAUCAUACCUCUCCCCGAAAUCUCCCUCCGCUCCACCGCGUUCCCUCCUUCGGUUUACAGACACUGACAGAUUAGCAGCAGCGCAAGAGUUUUGCAGUAGGCAUGCGUCCAACACCAACAGAUUAGCGCCUUUGCAGUCAACCUUAGAGAGAACGAGCUGAAACGCCGCGUUUCUCUGCCAAAGGACACGGUGCGUCCAAACCUUGCGCGAUUCUAAAUCGCGAUUUAGCUUCCCUGGUUGCCACGUGCGCGUGGCCGAAUUAAUUUUGUACCUACACUUUCAUCCGCAGUCUUCGGAACGGCCUCUUGAACUAAUAUUUAUUCAUUAUAGACGGUGCAAAAAGUCAUCCAGCUUUUCUGCCCAGAACGGAGUUAGGGUUCGAGCCCACUCGACCACGACAAGUCGGCAAGACCCUUCUGAGCCGACUCGACAAGUCAGCAACGGUCUCUUUCGAGUCGCGUACAUUCUUUAUUUAUUUACCUCCCCACUGAAAUUUUGGGCGGCAAGGCCAGCCACACCAGCUGGUGCUAAAUACCUACCAGCGCGUCUUGCUGAACUAGCGGAUUCCCGAAGCUGGCGGAACGACCAGCCGCCCUCCCUCUGGCGUGAGGAAUCCAACAUUGAGACACCCCGAAAUCCGGAAACCCCGGAAACCCGGACACCAGGACACUCGGAAACUGAGAAACUUAAAAAGCCGUUCUUAGCCGUUCUUAGUCGUUCUUAGCCGUUCUUUGCGAGACCGUCUUGCUGCGGCAUCACACGUGCGAAAUAGAAGACGCGGGCGAGCUUGGCUCGGGUCCGGCAUUACUGCGACGUGAUUAUGACGCGGUGUUUAAGGACGGCUGGCGGGCGGCGCGCACUACCAGGAGGCGGCAGCGCGCGGGCCCCGCGGAAGAGGUUGCGGACGUCGUUGGCGGUCUCCGCUUGCGCGUGGCUCGUAGUCGGGCUGGUUUCUUCCGCCUUGGCGGCGCAAGUGGCCUCCGCUAAGCCCUUCUCACGCUUCCAACUCCGCAAUGGCGGGUUCGACAAGCUAGGCUCCGCCUUGGAAGACCUAAUUAAGCGGUCCGGGGGGAGAUUAGGCCGCGUGAUUCGCGGCGUGAAGGAGGUUCCAGGCUGGAAGGCGUCCAAGGGCGGAGUUAAUCUCCUGCGCGUGUCGGGAGAUGUACAGUGCCAAGCAACCGGGGGAACGGGCGGAGCGGGCGGAGCGGCGGGGGGAGCGGGAGGGUCCGCCAACGGCACGUGCACCCCGAGCGGGGAGAGCGCCCCGCGGUAUAGCGUGCAGAUCCCCGCCGUUCCCGCGCGGUCGAUCUUCCAGAUGCUGGACACUGUAGCGGGGUGUGACUACAGCGGGUCGUUCGCGAUGCGCGCGCCGACGCUGCGGCUGGGCGACCCGGCGUCCGUGCUGCUGACCGUGGUCGACGCCGCGACUGGCGCUGAGCUGCUGUUCGACGUGUUCACGGAAAAGAUGACCACCAACUGGGUGCGCAAGUCGUUUGCGUUCCGCGCGGCGAGCGCGGGGAGCCUGCUGACGUUCGGCGCGGGCCUGCUGAACGGCACGGCGGAUGCGGACGCGGGGAACGGCGUCGCGAUCGAUGCGGUGAAGGUGGAAGCCGUCGGAUGCUCGUCGUCGUCCAUCCAAGAGGGCCGGCUGGCACUGGAAAGAGCAACGCCAAGGAACAGGAGGUUAGAGGAAGAGGGGGAGGAGGAGGAAGAGGAGGAGGAAGGGGAGGAAGGAGAGAUGGAGGAGGGGGGAGAGGCGGGGGAGGAGGAGAAGGAGAAGGAAGAGGGAGAAGGAGGCCAAGAAGGCUCAAUGGAGGGAGAGGAAUAUGACGGGGAGCAGCAGCAGCAGGAGGAGCAGGAGGAGCAAGAGGAGCAGGAAGAGAGUAUCAUCGAGGGGGGUGCAACGAGUGAGGGGAGUGAGAGGAGAGAGAGAGUGCUGCGGUCGUCCCCUCCCUCCUCCUCCUCUCUCGCCUCUUCUUUCACGAAGCAACUCCAGAAGGGCCUCAGCAACCUCCCUUUCAUGAAGCGCAAGAAGAAAGCGCGCUCCCCUCCCCCUCCGCCUCCCACCAGCAGCAGCAGCAGUGGCGGUAGCAGCAGCAGUGACAGCGGCAGCAGUGGGGGGACUGGGGGGACUGGGGGGGCGGGAUUGGGGGGGACUCUUGCUACGGCGCCCCCGUCCCCGCCUCCCCCUCCGCCGCCCUCCCCCCCCGCCCCCCCCACGUGGUACGGGAUGUUCAGCGCGGGGAAGCCUCUUACCUCCAUCCUGAUUGACUAUAACGCGGAUAACGCGGCGGUGUCUGGCAACUCCGUGACCCUCACGCACAAGAGCGACACUGGAGGCUCUCGGUGGCAGUCCAUGCAGUUCACAUCGGGCGUGUUCCGCGCGGCCAUGCAGUGCCCCUCGGCUGACACCUCCGGCCUCAUGUACUCCUUUUAUCUGGACUCGAGUGCGCGCAUAGGCGCCAACUCUGGCCUGGGGUGGGACUUUGUGGGCAACAACAAGACGACGGCGCUGGCCACGUACCACGUGAACGGGGUGGUUUACCCCCAGAAAAUCAGCCUGGGGUUCCACUGCGCGGAGAGCACUCACACGUUCUCCAUCUACUGGGACGCCAACUAUGCUGCGUGGUACGUUGACGGCAAGCUGGCACGCGUGCUGGUGAAGCAGGUGGGGCAGCCGUACCCCUACCGCCCCAUGUUCCUCUACGGCACGCUCACCACGGCUGCUGGCACAACCAUGGAGCGAUACGCGGGGGCUUACACGGCUAGCAGCACGGUGUACACUGCUGCCUGGACUGGCAUCACGGUGAUCUCCCCUCUGAUGGCGGAGGUGGGGCAGCCGUCCAACCCCACCCCCACGCCCCCCGCCACGUACCCUGCGACUAUCGCGCCUGUGACGUUCACCCCGCUGGCCGUGGACUACUGCGACGACCACUGCCCCGGGUGCAGUGCCAGCACGGAUGGCAGCGCCACAAUUAAAAUGGACAACAGCUGCGGGUCUCGCUUCCGCUCCUCUCAGCCGUACAGCUUUGGCUUCUUCAGUGUGGACUACCGGUGCCCGCAGGGGAAAGGCAGCGGAAUCGUCUCCAGCUUCUAUCUGUCGUCGCAGGAGGGCAGCAAGGUGCAGGACGAGAUCGACUUCGAGUGGCUGGGGAAGAACAACUCGGCGGUGCAGACCAACUUCUACGUGCAAGGGGUGGGCGGCCAUGAGAAGCUAGUUGCUCUGGGGCACGACUGCUCUGCGGCGUACCAUAACUAUGCGCUGUACUGGACCAACAAGCAGCUCAUCUGGUACAUUGACUUUGUGCCGGUGCGGGUGCUGCUAAACACAACAGCCAUCGACGGAGCGCCGUACCCCUCCAAGCCGUCCUUCCUCUACGCCAGUGUGUGGGACGCCAGCGGCAUCUGCAAUGGCUGCUGGGCCGGCAACAGAGACCCUGGCACAGCCACAGACCCCAGCUGGCAGGUGUUUGCAGAGUACCGCAACAUGACUGUGCGGUCCCCACUUUGGGGGUAGGGCGGCGUGGCGGAGUAUUUAUCCUCGUUAUAAGGCACCGACCGACCGCCUGGGCUGGUAGGGUAUGGAUGGACCCCACCUGGCAGGUGUUUGCGCUGCGGAGUAUCGCAUUGCAACAUGCCUUGUUGUGGUUGCCUUGCCAUGCGACUGUGGGGGUAGCCUACAGAUGUCUCAUCCUCACAGUCAUGCAUCUUUUGGGAAUGGGCCUUCUGCUGCUGCUGCUUUUUGCAGCUCGUUAUAGGCGCCUUUGAAAAGUCAUUCUGCAUAGUCUACUGUAGGUGUAUCCUACGCGAGUCCUCCAGCCACCAGGGCUGACGCUUAAAGCCCGUGGCUAAAAACACAAAGCUGGGGCUGACUUGAAACUCAUAUAAUUUUCACAGGCAGAAA